GACGGGAAAGCUGUUUACGUCAAAAUAAUUUUGUCAAUGUCGCUUUAAUUUGGAUUUUGGACUGUUUUUGUUCGCAAGCUGUUAGCUGAUUUAAUUUAAUUAUCCAAAAAAAUAAUUAAAUUCUUAAAGUUUUUAAAUCUCUAUCACUCCUACGACUUACAUUAUUUCGCAGCACAGAGAUAAUUCAAUAUAUACAAUAUAGUGACGUGUGAAUAGUACGUGUCCAUAAUAAUAUUAUUUAAUACAUGGAAGGUGUUUUAUGGAAAUGGACAAAUUAUUGGAAUGGUUGGCAAACAAGAUGGUUCGUUUUAGAAAAUGGAAUAUUAUCCUAUUAUAAAUCGCAAGAUGAAGUCUGUCAAGGGUGUAAAGGUUCGGUGAAAGUUUCAGUAUGUCAAAUUAAUGUUAAUAAUAUUGAUAAUACGAGAAUGGACUUAGUUAUUCCUGGUCAACAGCACAUGUACCUUCGAGCACCUUCAUCUCAAGAUAGACAAAAAUGGUUGGUGGCCUUAGGCAGUGCUAAAGCAUGUCUGGAGUCAAUUGUGGAUGUGAAAAUUAUUGGAGUGGAAGAUUCUUUAAUCAAUAAAAAGUCAGAAUUGCAUCUUUAUUGUGAUUUACUUAUGCAACAAGUUCAUGCUGUUAAAAGUGCUGCUAGUCAUGACAAUGGACCAGAUGUAGAGAAAAUUGAAGAAGCAUCAAGUCUAUUAAAGGCAACCUGUGACACAUUCAUAAGAACUCUUGAAGAUAUUAUGAAGCUUACAACCACCGCAUCAGGAAACCUAACUCCUUUUGAAGCCCAAGUCCCCCCUAUCCCUGCCUCUAAAAACUUAAAUAAAAACCUAAAAACAAACUUAAACAGAUCUCUAUCACAAGAUAACAGAUGAAAUGUAGUCAUACAUCCCAAUAAUGUUUUGUUUGUUAUCCCUUAUUGGCUAGUAUAUAAAUUAUAUUUAAGAAGUUAUGUUGUGAAUUAUGCAACAUCUUUAUGAGGCCAGAAUUAGAUGUAAAUAUCUUAAGCACCAAAUCAGAUGCUUGAAUGUAUGAAAUUCUAUAUUAAUUAUGUACAUGUAUUUUUCGCUGUGAUAAUUAAUGUUACUUUAAAUUUUAAUAAUGUAUAAAUUGUUUAAAUUAAAAAAGUCAGUAAUUCAGGAUCAAUAAAAAUCACAGUAAAUAUUAUACAUACUAUGAAUUUUUAAUUGUUGCAAAAAUAAUAAAAUAAACAAAAAAAUAAGUUAAUUGCUUAUAAUAUCCAUACUUAAUAUUAUAAAUGCGAAAGUAACUCUGUCUGUCUGUUAAUCAAUCACGCCUUAACUACUGAACCAAUUUGCAUGAAAUUUGGUAUAGAGAUAUUUUGAUACCCGAGAAAGGACAUAGCAUAUAACUGACUUUUGCACAUAAGGGCAUCAAAUUUUUAGGAUGAUUGAGAUUUCAACAUCAACAUACUGGGCUUCAUCUCUCAAUUAUUGUGUUUUGUACUUAAAAGUAUUAUUUCAGAUCUACAUUUUAUUGUAAAUAGUUAGUAUAAAAAUGGAAUAUUAUAAAAUUCUACAUUCCAUUUGUCUUAUGACAUGUUAUGAAUCUAUAUAUCAUUCCUAUUUAUGUUUUGUGUAUUAAUAAAAAUAUAGAUUAA